AAGCCUUAAAAUACUCACUCUCUCUCUUUCUCUCUCUCUCACACACACACUGCAUUAACAUUAAUUUGUCCAUUAUCUUACUACUCAGUGAUCCAUCGUUUCUUACUGGGAAGAGCUGCUGAAAAAUGAACUAUCCAAGAAAAUGGCGCCUGGCCCCAGUUUCACACUCUUAUCUAUUUAGUUCAGUCCCCUGCGUCAUCCAAUAACGCAGAAGAAGUCUAGACACGAAGAAGCAACCACGCUGCAGUCUCAUGGCUGCAAUCUUCUUCUUCUUCUUCUUCCUCCUCCUCCCUCUUUCAGCAACCACCAUCGCAGUGACUGAGGUCAAGUCAUCAGCUAACCCAUUCACAGAAAAAGCAGCGCUUAUCCGCUACUGGAACCGCAAAGUCUCUAACAACCUGCCACAUCCAUCCUUCAUCGUCUCCAAGCUCACUCCCCUCUCCGCCGUCGAUGCAUCUAUAUUCUCUACCAUUGCCGCCGUCGACCCUUCCAACCUAUCCACCCACCUUGUCUCCUUCUGCGCCUCUGCCGCUCUACUCUGCUCCUCAGACCUAACCCGUUCCCUCUCCACCCAUCCCGCUGAUUCCGGCUUCACUAAAUACGAAAAUAGAAAUUUCGCCAACUACGGCAACGAAGCCGCUGGCGGACUUUCUUCCUUUAAGAACUACUCCGACGGUCUCAACGUCCCCUUCGACACUUUCCGCCGUUACGGCCGCAACUCCGCCGGACACGAUGAUUCCUUCUCAUUUUACUCCCCUGAUGGCAACGUCGUCACCGCCAACUUCACUUCCUACGGCACCAUCACGGCCGGCGGAAUUGAUAACUUCACUUCGUAUGACCAUUCUUCCAAUGUCCCCGACCUGGGGUUUACAAACUACGCUGCGGAAGGAAACGGCCGCGCCGCUGGCUUUUCUCGUUAUUCUGGCGACGCCAACUCCGGUGGCCAAUCCUUCUCCGGCUACGGUAAGAUUGGAAACGGAGUCAUCACGGCAUUCGCCUCUUAUAGUAACAACUCCAACGUGAUCGGAAGCCGAUUCGCAAACUACGGUGAGGAUGGAAACGUUAACAACGAUACGUUCGCCUCUUAUGGCGAUAACGGAAAUGUGCCGGAAAACAGUUUUAGAUCGUAUGGCUCCGGCACAAAUGCCGGUACCGAUAAAUUCACCAGCUAUCGAGAUCAAUCCAAUGUAGGGGACGAUUCCUUUGCAUCUUAUGAGAAAGGAGGGAACGACGCGACAGCCGAAUUCAAUAAAUACGGCAAGUCGUUUAAUCAGGGCAGCGAUGUCUUCAAUGGUUACGGACAGGGUUCCGGCAAUGACCACAUCAACUUCAAAUCAUACUUCGGCGACAACACCACUUUCAAAGCCUAUGCCAAAACUGGCAUUGAUUUCAAAUCUUACCACAAUUCCUCAUCGUCCCCAAUAUCAACUUCAGCGGUUAUGCGGCCGGGGAUGAAUCGAUGGGUGGAACCAGGGAAGUUCUUCAGGGAAAGCAGCUUGAAGAAAGGGACAGUGAUGCCAAUGCCGGACAUUCGCGACAGGAUGCCUCCGCGAUCGUUUCUUCCGCGGUCUAUCGCAGGGAAAAUCCCGUUCGCGGCAGCCGACGUCGUCAGAAUCUUCAAGAUCCCACUGGGUACUGCUAUGGCGAACGCUGUAUAUACAACGGUGGGCGACUGCGAGCGGUGGCCGAGCCGCGGUGAGUCAAAGCGCUGCACCGCGUCAGCCGAAGACAUGAUCGACUUCGCCGUCUCCGUCCUCGGCAGCGACGUCGCGGUGAAAUCCACAAAGAACACCGAGGGCUCCAACGAAAACAUUCUUAUCGGGGAGGUGAAGGGACUGAACGGUGGUAAGGUUACCUCAUCAGUGAGUUGCCACCAGAGUUUGUUCCCGUAUCUGGUUUAUUACUGCCACUCCGUGCCGCUUGUUCGCGUUUACGAGGCUGAAAUCAUGGCCGUUGAUAGCAAGAAAAAGAUCAAUGAAGGGAUCGCCAUCUGUCAUAUUGACACGUCGGAUUGGAGCCCUAAACACGGGGCCUUUGUUGCGCUGGGGCCCGGGCCGGGGAAGAUCGAGGUGUGCCAUUGGAUCUUCGAAGGGGACAUGACGUGGACUAUUGCUGAUCGGCUUUGA